UCUAUAUCUCUGCACAUCACUCGAGACGAAGAAAAAAAGUAUAAUUAAUCACAUUCUCACAUGGGUGUAGCUGCAAUGAAGAUUUCUGGCUGUGUUGUUGUGAUGAUUUUAGCUCAUACUGCUUUAUUAGGUUCGCUCAUGGCUGCAGCUGCUGCUGCUGCUGCUACAGCUUCCAUAGACUUGUCAACUGCAGUUCUCAUCAGCGUGGAUCAAUCUGGUAAAGGAGACUUCAAAAAAAUACAAGAUGCCAUAGACUCUGUUCCGCCAAAUAACUCUCAAUUGUAUUUCAUUUUGGUUAAGCCAGGAACAUACAGAGAAAAGGUGGUUGUGCCUGCUGAUAAGCCCUUCAUAACACUGAGUGGCACACAGCCGUCAAAGACGAUAAUAACAUGGAGUGAUGGAGGGGACAUUUUUCAGUCUCCAACACUUUCUGUACUAGGUUCUGAUUUUGUUGGACGAUAUCUCACCAUCCAGAAUACAUAUGGGAGCGGUGACAAAGCUGUUGCAUUGAGAGUAUCAGGAGAUAGAGCAGCAUUCUAUGGUUGCAGGAUUCUCUCAUAUCAAGACACCCUCUUGGACGACACCGGAUCACACUAUUAUAGAAAUUGCUACAUUGAAGGAGCUACGGAUUUCAUAUGUGGAAAUGCUGCUUCACUCUUUGAAAGGUGCCAUCUGCAUUCAAUUUCCAAAAACAAUGGAUCUAUAACAGCUCAGCACAGGGACUCUUUGACUCAGAAUAGUGGUUUCACCUUUUUGGAUUGCAAGAUCACUGGCAUUGGAAGUGCUUAUCUAGGAAGGCCAUGGGGUGAUUAUUCAAGAGUGGUCUUUGCCUUAUCUUACAUGUCCAGUGCGAUAGUCCCAGCCGGAUGGGAUAGUUGGGCUGGCCAAACCAAGCAAAGUACUGUGUUCUAUGCUGAGUACAAGUGUUAUGGUCCUGGAGCUAACAGAGCUCACAGGGUUGAAUGGUCGCAGAGCUUAUCCAUGGAAGAGGCUGCACCCUACUUAACAAAGGCCAUGAUUGGGGGGCAAAGCUGGCUCAGGAAUGCACCAACCUACUUUAAAAGAGGCUCCACAAUUAUCAAGGCUAACGUUGGAAAUAAUUAACUAGAAAAAUUGCACCCUUUUAAUUGCUUCUUUUCUCUGAAUAAUGCUGAAUAAUUUAUUUAUUUAUAUUUUUUUAAUAUUGUACGGAAUUUCAUUGUAGAUAUUCAUUCAUUUAUUAGCCCUUUUCAUGAAAGAGGCUGU